AUGACCAUUGAACUGCAAGUUUGCUGCUAUUGCAAUUGUUUAAAUUGUCUUUUAGCUGCUUCCUUUAAUCAACCGAACUUGCCUUCAAAUGCAAUUUGGGCUCAUCGUGGAAUAACUUUUGCUGAUCGAUCGAUUGUCGGAGGAAAUUCCAGAGCUCUUUUCGUUGAUACAAACAACACAAUAUAUCUUGUUAAUACAGUAAACAACACUAUUUUGUUAUACGAUGGCUAUAAUCUCACUCCAAAGAACGUCAUUCCAGAAGUUCUUUUAGGAUGCUCGUCUUUAUUUGUAACAUCAAAUGGUGAUAUUUACGCAAAUAUGAAUAUUUACGCACAUAGAUCAGGGCGCGAUCUUUACCUGGUGAAAAAAUGGAUAUCGAAGACAAACAGUUUUGAAGUUGUCAUGAAUACAAGCGAGGAAUGCUUUGAUCUGUUUAUGGACAUCAAUGACACUUUAUACUGUUCAAUUCUUUUAAAACAUCAAGUCGUGAAAAAGGAUUCGAGCUACUCUUCGUUCGUACCUAUUCUUGUUGCUGGAACAGGUAAUGAAGGAUCUGCAUCCGAUGAACUUAACAAACCUCAUGGAAUCUUUGUUGACAUAAACUUGGAUUUGUAUGUGGCAGACUGUAGCAAUCAUCGAAUUCAGUUAUUUCGAUUUGGAAAAAAGAAUGCUGUUACACGUGUCGGUCAAGAAUCGCAAAAGCCAACUAUUUCCCUUAAGUCUCCUAGUGGUAUUGCCUUGGAUGCGAAUAAGUAUUUGUUUAUCGUGGAUAGAGGAAAUGACCGUGUUGUUGGAGAAGGACCAAACGGUUUUCGAUGUUUAAUUGGAUGUAAUGCAUAUGGAUAUGACACUCAAUAUACUCAGUUGAGAGAUUUAUAUACUAUGAGUUUCGAUGUAUUUGGUAACAUCCUUGUUGUUAACAAUUACAAUGAUCAUAUUCAGAAAUUCGUGCUAACCAAAAUUCCAUCUGGUUUGCCAUUGAAUGAGCCACAAUUAUGUCAUAGUGCAUCUUGGAAUCGUCGUGGAAUUAUUUUAACUAAUCAAUCUACUAUUAAACCCACGACACAAAACAUUUUUAUCACUACAAAUAACACAAUCUACGUUACUCAUUCGGAAGAGAAGAAGGUUUUGAUCUGGAAUGAUAACGACCCUACACUUACGAAAAGCAUUUCAGGAGAUAUCCGAAAUCCCCGAUCGCUUUUCGUAACAUCAAAUGGGGGUAUUUACAUUGGUAAUGAUCGUACCGAUCCCGUAGUAAAGAGAUGGACAUCGAAGAAAAACACUUUUGAAACUGUCAUGAAUGCAAGCCAUGCAUGUUAUGGUCUGUUUAUAGACAUCACUGACACUUUGUACUGUUCAAUUUUUCAUGAACAUCAAGUCGUGAAAAAAGACUUGAGCGACGCUUCAUUCAUACAUAUUCCUGUUGCUGGAACAGGUAAUAAAGGAUCUGCAUUCGAUGAACUUUACGAACCUCGUGGGAUCUUCGUUGAUGUAAACUUGGAUUUGUAUGUGGCAGACUGUGGUAAUCAUCGAGUUCAGCUUUUUCGAUUUGGAAAAAAGGAUGCUGUUACAGUAGCAGGUAGCAUGUCAGACGAAUUAACUGUUUCACUUAGAAAUCCUAUUGGAAUUGCCUUGGAUGUUAAUAAGUAUUUAUUUAUCUUGGAUAGCGGGUUGGAUCGUAUUAUUGGAGAAGGACCAUACGGUUUUCGAUGCGUGAUUGGAUGUUAUGAGAGUUCUUCCUCUGAUCAAUUUAUCUCUCCAAUGGCUAUGAGUUUCGAUCUAUUUGGUAACAUGAUCAUUAUUGACGCAAACAAGAAUCGCAUUAAAAAAUUCCUCCUGGAAAAUUUAUGCGAUCCGAACAAUAAAUAUUGUGUGAUUGGUGAUCAGUGUAAUCUUCAUUUUAAAAGUAUUGGAUUAACACUCGAUGAUAUUUUAUAUGAAGAACUUCGAAAAGAUUCACCAUUAAGUCAGCAAAUUGUUUCCAUCAAAGUGAGUGCUGGCCUGGUCACUCUGAUGUUUGUUGCUGGAUUGAUCAAUAGUUUUCUUUCGUUUAUUACAUUUCAAAACAAAGAAGCGCAACAAGUUGGAUGUGGAUUGUACCUCCUCGCAUCAUCAGUCACUUCUUUUCUUACGAUCAGUAUGUUUUUCGUCAAAUUUUGGUUUGUUGUUUUGACUCAAAUCGAUGAUUCAACAAAUAUUUUGAUUCAUCAAAGUGGUUGUAAAUCGAUUGAACCUAUUCUCAAAUUUUUUCUCUAUUUCGAUGGUUGGUUAAAUGCUUGCGUUGCAAUCGAACGAGCAUUUCACGUUUACAAAGGAGUUACUUUUGACAAACAAAAAAGUCGACUUGUCGCGCGAUGGAUCAUUGUCAUCUUACCACUUUGUGUUCUAUUAACUUUUGUGCAUGAAUUCAUCUAUCGAAAUGUGUUUUCGUAUGAAGUUUCUGGCAAUGGAACACAAGUGAUGAAUGCAAGACGAUAUGAUUGGUGUGUAACUGGUUAUUCUCUUGCUGUUCAAACCUAUAAUACAAUUAUUCUAUUUGUUCAUUUAUUUGGUCCAUUUGUUGCCAAUCUCUUCUCUGCUUUGUUCAUCGUUUUUGGAGUUGCUCGAACACGAUCGAAAACACAAAAGAGUCAAAAUAUCAACUUGCUUAUUCGUAAACAAUUCAACGAACAUAAACAAUUGAUUAUCAGUCCAAUGGUUUUACUUGCUCUGUCAGUGCCGCGUUUAGUCAUUUCAUUGCUUCCUGGUUGUGUGAAUGCAUCCGAAAAUUUAUGGUUAUAUCUCAGCGCUUAUUUUAUAUCGUUUAUGCCAUCAAUUCUUGUGUUUCUAAUCUUUGUUGCACCUUCGAAGCUUUAUAUGAAAACUUUCAAAGAUUCAUUUAAGAAAUGGCGACACCGAACACGGCAAUAA